GGUGCUUGUGGAGACUCUUGUGCAACGGAUACGGAUGAUGAGAGAUUCGGUCGUCUUAUCAUCAAUCGAAAAGCAGCGGCGGACUAUGAAGAUGAUAAUAAUAACCCUUGUAGAAAGGCGUGCAUAGGAUCUGAUCUGGUUCCAGUUGGGAUUGGGAUUGGGAUUGGUCACAAUCACAUGGCCGAAGACGAUUCUAGAACCAGUAGUCGUAACGAAGCCGGUUCAAGCUCCAAGGGUGGUUGUGGUGGUGGCGGCAGCGGUAGUGGUGGUGUUGGUGGUGGUUCUCGUGAUGCUUUCCAUCAGGAGCAGGAAGAAGAGCCUCGUGAUGAUGAAGGCAGCUGGCUUCAAUUGGGUAUUGGCAGUGGUGGUCGACCGGACCCUAAGCUUCAGGAUCCUCUCCAACUCACCGGAACUAGACCACCACCCGGAUUGUUCGACCUCGAUCUAAAACCCCCAGGAGGUGGCGCCGCUGGUGGUGAUGGUUGUGGUGGUGGUGGUAGUAUGACCGAAUUACGAGCUCCCCUUUCUCCCACUGCAACAAGAACACCACCACCACUACUUCAACCUCCAUUUUUCUUCCAACAUCAACACCCAACUAGAGCUGCUACUACUACUAGCUUAACUAGAUUAAUCUUUCCUCAUCAGCGGGAGUUCGCUUGGGGAUAUAAUAGACCUAACCCUAACCUGCUUCCAUGGACUCCAUCAUCAGUACCUUCUUCUCCUUCUUCUUCUUCUGCUACUCCCUCUUCUUCAAUGCUUCCUGGGCCUUAUUAUGCCCGAAUCUUUCAACACUACCCCGGCAGCAGCAUAGAUGUGGCCGGUCCUGGUCCUAGCUCAAGCUCCGACGACAUCGUCCGAGUCAUCGAUGCUCCUUCUAGGCCUCAUUCCGGUGUUUGGUUUCUACUUCAAGCAUCUCAAAAUCAAGCAAAAGAACCCUUUUUGCCUCAGAUACCCAAGAGCUUCCUCAGAAUCAAGGAUGGAAGAAUGACAGUUCUUUUGUUGAUGAAAUAUCUGGUUAACAAGCUGAGUUUGGAUAGCGAAUCAGAGGUAGAGAUAAGAUGUAGAGGGCAACAACUGCCACCAUUGUUGACAUUACAACACGUGAGGGAUAACAUUUGGAGUAGCACUUCUUCCUCUUCUACUUCUCCUUCAAGGGACGUCGCCGCCGCCGUGACUUUGCUUCCGGACUCCUCAACCACCACCACCACCACCACCCCUACCACCGAUCACUUUGUAAUGAUUCUGCACUACGGUAGGACCGCUUAACCUUUGAAAAACUUUAUUAACUUUAAAAGUAAGUAGGUAUGUUGACAAUUAAAUUCCUACUUAUUUAUUUUAUUUCAAUACCCCCAUGUUGUACAAUUUAAUUUGUAACCCUCCCUCCUCGAUUCCUUUUUCUUUUUCUUUUCAUUUUUUUGGGGUUUCAUUCUUAUUUUUGCCCCUUCAUUUUUUUUUUUUAAUUCCCCUCACCCCCUCCCUCUCAAAAUUGUUGACAAUUUUGCUUUGGAAUACAGCAAAAUUAGCUGAUCCUAGGAUUAAUAACAUUCGGUUCAAAUGUA